UUGAUCGACACGCGAGGCGGCAAAGUCGUACUUACUAUUGGAAACUUUUUGAAAGGAAUAUAUGGAUCCUCGAGCAUCACGUAAAUAGCGUCGUGUUCAUGUGAUCAUUUAUGCGGUAAAAGGAAUACAAACAGAAAUCUGCCAUGAAUCUUGAACUUCUUCAGUCUUUCGGGCAAAGCUAUCCUGAGGAAUAUGAUGGUAGCUUGGACUCUGUUAGUGUUGCUGGAACAGCAUCAUUCAAUAGAAGAGGUUCUCUCCUAGCUGUCGGCUGCAAUGAUGGACGCAUUGUCAUCUGGGAUUUUUUGACAAGAGGAAUUGCAAAAAUUAUAAGUGCUCAUGUCCAUCCUGUCACAUCUGUCAGCUGGAGUCGAAAUGGACGCAAACUACUGAGUGGUUCAAAUGACUGGAAUGUGUCUGUGUGGGAUGUUCUGUCUGGCGAGUGUGAUCAGAAGUACCGUUUUCAAUCUCCAGUCACCAAAGUCCAGUUCCAUCCUCGCAACAAUAAUAUCAUACUUGUGUGUCCUAUGAAACAUUCACCAGUACUUGUCAAGCUGGAUGGACAGCACUUUUCUCUGCCAAAUGGUGGAGAGUCUGAACAGAACAUUGUGGCAUCUUUUGAUAGAAAAGGAGAAUACAUUUACACAGGGAAUUCAAAGGGAAAGGUACUGGUAAUUGAAGCAGAGACUCUUCAGGUGGUGACCUCCUUCAGAAUACAAACAGGAACAAGUGCUAAUACAGCUAUCAAGGGGAUAGAAUUUGCCCGCAGAGGCAGUGCCUUCCUGAUAAACUCUCAAGACAGGAUAAUAAGAGUAUUUGACAGUCAAAUUGUGCUGUCCUGCCAAGGAACAGAAGGAGCUGAGCCUGAGCCAAUACAGAAACUCCAAGAUCUUGUUAAUAGGACACUCUGGAAAAAGUGUUGCUUCUCAGGCGAUGGAGAAUAUAUCUGUGCAGGAUCAUCUCGCACUCAUGCAUUGUACAUUUGGGAAAAAGGAGUUGGAAAUCUUGUUAAAAUUCUUCAUGGUACCAAGGGCGAACUGUUGUUGGAAGUCGUGUGGCACCCUAUCAGACCCAUAAUAGCUUCGAUUUCAAGUGGAGUUGUCUCGAUUUGGGCUCAAAAUCACGUGGAAAACUGGAGUGCAUUUGCACCAGAUUUUAAAGAGUUGGAUGAAAAUGUCGAAUAUGAAGAGAAGGAGAAUGAGUUUGAUAUAGAGGAUGAGGACGAAGAAGCUGAAGUUCCAUCCGAAACUGAAGCAGGAGAGGAAGAUGAAGUUGAUGUGUGUGCAGUGGAGAGAAUUCCAGCUUUGUGCAGCAGUGACGAGGAGAACGAUGAAGAUUUGGACUCCGUGUACUACCUUCCUGUGGCACCUGAAGUUGACGACCCAGAAGAGACCGGUUGGACUCAAGAAACUGAAAUUCGUCCCCACGAUUCUGAGAACAAGAGGCGCGCUUCUCAAGAGACUGGAGCUGAAUCAUCGAAGAAGAAGGUGAAAGUGAUUGACAUUCGACACAGUUCAAGUGAAGUCCACCAGGAGAGUAAGAGCUUCGGUCAGCCCAAGGAACCCUCCAUCCAGAAAGAUCCUCCUUCUGUUGAUACCCCACCCACAGUGCCGGAAACUGUCGCCACCGAACUAAGCGCGAUCCCGCCGGACUUGUCCACGGAUUUAGACACAGAUUCUGCAUUUGAAUAACUCCACUCACACUAAAGCGUGGAGAACUUGAAACCAUAUUUGAACAGGCAGAAGAACAUUUGCAGAGUGGGACAUCAACUGAUGAAAAGUGUAGAGGCAAAAUUGAUUGGAAAGAAAUUGGAAACGCUUCUCGUGUUCAGGCGACACUUAAAUGUCUCCUGAUGCUACUGAACAUUAUUUACGUAUUUUUUAUUCUUUAAGAACUGAAGGCUUUCUUCUUUUAAAAGGCUAAUUCAGGAAAUUUCGAUCACUUCGCCUAUUUCCCAAAAUAGACCAGUCGAACGUCGAGUGCGUAAAUGGAAUGGAUCAGGGGUAGUCAGUUUGCACGCUAUAAGUGGACUAACCGCGAAAUGCAUGGGGUUCUGUGCGCCGUAUAUUUGCACAAGUACAAGUAUACGCGUGUGUUCGCGAGGAAUGAGUUCUUUCCGUUCGGCCAGAAAAGCGCCCGGUAACUAACUGUCUAAUUUAUUUCAGGGACACAUACCCAGACGAUUUUUGUCUGAGAUAUGUUGAAAAACGACUUUGACUGACAAUUAGGUAACGAACGUGCUCCAACUCAUUCUCGGAAAUGGCGCACAUAAAAAUAACAUUAAAUUCGAAAGAAAAAAAC